UCAUAACAGACAGAAAUAACCAUCUGUAUUGCCUUAAGCUCAUCCUGAAGAAUGUUUGUGUUUAUGCAAGCUUGUUUUCUGCACAAGUUGAUUUCUGACUUGUGCUGAUUAAUGAUGCAAACUACACAGAACAUAGUGAUUUUCUUUAAUCACAGGUCUAUCGUUAGAGGAUCUUCACUGUAAAGUCUGACACAGAGAACACACAUUAUCAGACAGUCUGUUAUAGAAUCCAGCCAACAUUUUUUUAGGUUCAUCUCACACAGUAUGACAAGUAAUAAUCCUAAAAGAAUGCUGAAUUCGCACGUUCUAAAACCGCAGCAGGUCGUAUACACUUACGCGAAACAAAGAGAAAAAUUAGGACUUCAGCCUUAAAUAAACAGUCAUUUUUCAAAUUCCUCUUCAGUGAGUGUUCACAGAGAAGACUUGCUGUUGUUGAAAACAGCUGUAAAUGUGUCAGGAAUGACCGGGACGUCCAUUUUACCGAGUUCUGUGCUGACACGGGAAUGUUUCGCAUCAAAAGUAAUGUUCCAUGUCAUAAUAAUACUGAGUGCUGAAAGCGGGGUGAGUUAUGGCACUGUUAUUUAGUGGAACUUCACAAGAAUCUGGCAGCUUUUUUUAUUAUGGGAACACAGCAGCACAUUUCCAUAGCAGCCAUAAUAAAUAAAUCCAGGUGCUGUGUAGAAAGAUGAGUGUUAUUUCCUUUAUCGUGAGUGAAAAAUAUCUACAGUAAAUCAGCAUUAGGAUGUGUAGGAUUCUAGGUAGAUUUUGUUGAAAGGUGUGAAGGACAUGAGUGCAGGUAAGUAAACAGAAAAAAAAAAAAUAACAACGAUAAACAAGCAGCUAGGUAAGAUGUAACCUGCGUGCCAGACAUAACCAUGUCAUAUACCUGUUAUGUCAUAUAUAUAUCACCUGUCAUAAGGUGUCAUAACAGUUGAUGUCCAGUAAUAUAGCAGUGUUAUGUUACCAUUUUCAUGCUUUGUGUUUUGUUAUGUCAUGAUGUCAUUUUAUGCUGAGUGUUCUCUAUGGCUUUUUGUCAUGUUUGAUGCUAUGACAGCUUAUGUAAUGACAUCUAUCUAUGCCAAGUGUGCUCUAUGUCUCUAUGAUAUGAUAUUUGAUGUCAUAUGUGCUCUAUGAUAUGAUGUUUGAUGUCAUGACAGUUUGUCAUGAUGUCAGACUAUGCUAUGGGUGCUCUAUGUCAUGUGAUAACAGCUUAUGCCAUGACAUCAAACUAUUACAAGUGUGCGCCAUGUUGUGUAAUGAUGUUUGAAGUCAUGACAGGUUAUAUCUGUACGUCAGUAUGCCAAAGUUUAUGUCAUGUGAUAUCAUUUGAUGACAUGACAUCAGUCUUGCCAAGCAUGCCAAGUGUGCUCUGUCAUGUUGUGAUAUUUGAUGUAAUGACAGCUUAUGUCAUGUCAUCAAGUUAUGCCAAGUGUGCUCUAUGUCAUGACGUCAUUCUAUGCCAAGUGUGCUCCUAAGUUAUGUUGUGACAUUUGAUGUCACGACAGCUUAAGUCAUGACAGCAAACUAUGCCAAGUGUGGUGUAUGUCAUGUGACAUUAAAUGACAUGACAUAAAUCUAUGCCAAGUGUGCUCUAAGUCAUGUGACAUUUAAUGACAUGGCGUUAGUCUAUGCCAAGUGUGCUGUCUGUCAUGUGAUGUUUGGUGUCAUGACAGCAGUUUAUGCCAAGUGUGCUCUAAGUCAUGUGACAUUUAAUGACAUGGCGUUAGUCUAUGCCAAGUGUGCUGUCUGUCAUGUGAUGUUUGGUGUCAUGACAGCAGUUUAUGCCAAGUGUGCUCUAAGUCAUGUGACAUUUAAUGACAUGGCGUUAGUCUAUGCCAAGUGUGCUGUCUGUCAUGUGAUGUUUGGUGUCAUGACAGCUUAUGUCAUGACAUCAGUUUAUGCCAAGUGUGCUCUAUGUCAUGUUGUGAUGUUUGGUGUCACGACAGCUUAUGUUAUGACGUCAAUCUAUGCCAAGUGUUAUAUAACACUGUUAUAUUAUUGGACAUCAUCUGUUCUAUGACAUAUGACAUCAUGUAUGACACUCACUCGGUAACGACUGCGUCGUGACACUGGGUUGAAGUAACGCAUUAAUGAAAUAAAUGUGAAAUAAUUGAAUGUAUAUAUCUUUUCUUUAAUUCUUUAUUUUUACAUUUAAUGUCCACUAAACAAGUCAGUUCCUAUUCUCACUUAUGUUAUAGCAGCUAUAAACAGUUACAGCCUUACAUCUGACUGUUACAAAGCUCUGGCACUGGAGACUCCUUCUAUAAAUCUUAAAGUUAUAAAUAAACUUCAGCCUAUGAUAAGGUAUUAGAAUGAGCACAUUAAUAUGAACUUGUGAUUUGUCUUGCAGCUGGAACUAAUGUUCGAGCUGCGGUUAGAGAUUCUGGUAAUACAGGUCAUUACCAUGAAUGUACCAGUGUAGGUCGUAUAUUAGAUUUAUCCUCAGCUACUGCUCUGUAUUCGUUUUCUUUUAAUUACAUUCAUACACGGUGCCUGUAUGAGGCGAAAGGCGCCAGAAGGAGACCCAGCAAGUGCAACUGGAGCUAAGGCAGCCGUCUGAGCUGAGCAGGAAUGUAAGGCUUGCUCAUUUGAAGUUAAAGAUAGAGGCAGCGCAGGCUGGAGCCUGACAGUUUCUAAUUUCAGCCGACUGCUCUCGCUUCACUGCACUGCUUUUGUUGUGGUGCUCGGGCCUAUUGAGAAAGCAAGAGGGACGUCUACGGCAGGAACAACAUUACAAGCAACACAACUUUGUAAAUACAAGAGAGAGACAGAGACAGAGAGAGAGAGAGAGAGAGAGAGAGAGAGGGACCAUGGUGCUCUCCAGCGGAAUGAUCGAGGAAGCUGAGCGUAGCAGCAGCACCAUGGCAGACAGAAGACAACUGUUUGCUGAGAUGCGGGCUCUACAGUUGGAUUCCAUCAGACUUUCCACCUACAGAACUGCAUGCAAGCUCAGAUUCAUUCAGAAGAGGUGCAAUUUGCACUUAGUGGACAUCUGGAAUGUUAUCGAAGCCUUCCGGGAGAAUGGCCUUAACACCAUGGACCUCAACACAGAGUUCUCAGUGGCUCGACUUGAAGCAAUACUGUCCACCAUCUUCUUCCAGCUGAACAAGCGUAUGCCCACUACACACCAGAUCAAUGUGGAGCAGUCCGUGUUACUUCUGCUCAACUUCUUGCUGGCGGCAUAUGACCCGGAAGGUCUAGGAAAGAUCUCGGUAUUUGUCGUGAAAAUGGCGCUUGCUACAUUAUGUGGCGGGAAGAUUAUGGACAAAUUAAGAUAUAUUUUUUCUCAGAUAGCAGAUCCCUCAGGCGUGAUGAUUUAUUCCCAGUUUGACCAAUUCUUGAAGGAGGUACUCAAGCUUCCCGUUACUGUUUUUGAAGGACCGUCUUUUAGCUACACCGAGCAGACCGCUAGGACUUGCUUUGCACAACAAAAACAGGUUUCUCUGAACAUGUUCCUGGACACCUUCAUGUCCGAUCCUCCGCCACAGUGUUUUGUAUGGUUGCCACUUAUGCAUCGGCUGGCUAAUGUGGAGAAUGUCUUCCACCCAGUUGAGUGCUCCUACUGCCACAGCCAAAGCAUGAUGGGAUUUCGCUAUCGUUGCCAACAAUGCCACAAUUACCAGCUCUGUCAGGAAUGCUUCUGGAAGGGGCAUGCCUCAGGCUCCCAUAGCAACCAGCACCAGAUGAAGGAAUAUACAUCAUGGAAAUCUCCUGCUAAGAAGUUAUCGAAUGCUCUUAGCAAGUCUCUGAGCUGUGCCUCUAACCGGGAACCACACCAUCCCAUGGUCUCUGACGUUCCUGAGAAACCUCUAAACCUUGCUCAUGUGGUGCCUCCAAGGCCAGCGAACAGUGGGAACGAGUACACGCUGUCCCACACCAUGCCCUCGACCCACAAGCCCUUCAGAGUAGCUGGGAAUGAAGACAUUAAACAGAGAAAACUCCUGACUCGGGAUACUCCAGACCUACUGAAAGGGAAAGGAGUUCAGUACAGCCUUGAUAUUGCAGACAGACUUGCAGAUGAACAUGUUCUCAUUGGGUUAUAUGUGAACCUCCUCCAAAAGAACCGCACCGGAUUGCUGGAAAGCAGGACUAAUAACCAGGAUGAUGAGCACUACCUCAUUGCCCGCUAUGCUUCCCGAUUGGCUGCCGACAGAGCAUCAGCGCAAGCCGGAGUGCCGACUGACCUGUCUCUCUCUCUGGACACGAACAAACAACAGAGGCAACUCAUCGCUGAACUGGAAAGCAAGAACAAGGAAAUCUUGCAGGAGAUUCAGCGGUUAAGACAGCAGCAUGAUGAAGCAUCUCAGCCUCUAGCUGACAAAAGCCAGCAAAACCCUACACUGCUCGCUGAGCUUCGCCUUCUUAGGCAGAGGAAGGAAGAACUGGAAGACAGGAUGUCAGCUCUUCAAGAGAGUCGAAGAGAACUGAUGGUGCAGCUGGAACAGCUCAUGUUACUGUUAAAGGAGGAAGAAAGGAAGCAGGUAAAUCAGGGUCCAGGCUCGUCCUCUCGUUCCUCCCCAAGCCACACAGCCAGCAGCUCCAUCCCCAUGCCUGUACCAUCGACUUCCGGCAACACGACACCCAGUCAGACGCCUCAGGACUCGCUCAUGGGGCUAGGAGGAGACGUCAUACAGGCUUUUGCUCAGAGUUCGAGACGUAACUUAAGAAACGACCUGCUCGUGGCUGCGGACUCCAUCACCAGCACCAUGUCCUCACUAGUUAAAGAGCUUCACUCGGAAGCAGGAAGCGAGUCUGACAGUAACGUUGACGCAGAAGCUGAUGGACUCACGUCACGGAUGCUAGAUGAGGACCUAGAAGGAGAGGGAGGCUAUGAGAAGGAGCUGGAGCGGCGUCUGGAGAGAGAACUGACGAUGGACGAGAAAACACCUGCUGGAGAAAGUCUACAUGGCAGAGGAAUCACGCAGUACUGAAGCGCUGAGGACUCGACAAUGACGAUGGCUGAAUCUACUGAGCAUUAACACCACUUCUGUAAAUAUACAUGUCUUUUUUUUUUUUUUGGAAUAUAUGAAAUUGUGUUUUAGAAAAAUACUGUGAACUGACUCAGAGAUUAUGCAGAGCAGAUAUGUCAUAACACCAUCAGUGCCAUAAAAUGAAGAAACAUGGACGUUGUUUUGCCGACAUUUUGUGUACUGUACUUCAGAAAGUGGCGGGAAAAUCAGGUUUAACAAAGCUGCUAUCUUUUAUAGCGUACGUCACACCUCACACUGACUCGCCCGCUAGCUUUCUUUCUUUAUGUCACAUCAAUUUUAGGUUUGGAUAUGUCCAGUUGACUGGUUGUUCUUUUGUUUUAUUUUGAAUUUUAAGCAAAAUAGCUUGACAUUUUAAUGUAUAAAUUCGUAUAUACGGUAAAAUCCCAAAUGACUACACUGCCUUAGCUUAGCUAAUCAGGUUAACCCUCGAAGAAUUAUACUGAAUUAUUAGAAUUUCUCGUAUUUUUUUUUUAAACACUUUGUCGUGUCACACUGGUACGCUUAAGUUCCUGUGGGGUUAAUUAGGCAAAUGAGCAGCUUGAUAAAACUCUUUUGAAUGAAUUAACCAGUGAAAAAAGUGAAAAUAUCAAGUCAGUGGAAGAAUCCAAUGCAACUGUAAUAGUGAACUUAAAAUAUUAAGGCACUUGGAAGCUGUCUCGUUUUCAAAAGUAUUUGAAUAUAAAUUUUGUGUGUUUGAAAUUACUGUAUAAAAAUGUCACGUUAAAUAAAAUUAACACCCUCCCCCUUCCCAAGGUGUAUUUAAUAAACUGACAUUUUUAACAUGUUUUUGAACUUGCUAGGGGUAAGAUUUGCCUUUAUAGACAUAUGAUAUGAAAUUUCACGUUAGAUUACUGAUCUCAAAAAUUCAACUCUCAAAAAUACAGAUUUUCAUGUAAAUUAGGAGAUACUUUUAACCUGUAAUUUUGACUAUGUUUUGAAGGACAAAUCUUACCCUGAGCAAGUUCAAAACAAAGAAAAAAAAAAAAGACAUUUAUUUAACGUGACGUGUAUAUAGUAUAAUCCAAAUAUACAAAAUUCAUACUGAAAUACCUUCUUCAGCUUCCAAGCGCCAUGAAAAUAUGCUUUCGUUCAAUCUGAGUUACAACACUGUGUUAAUCACGUUAUUUAAGCGCUUACCACUAAGCGCAUGUUUGAUGUAAUUCAUUUGUUUGUGUACUAAAUGAAUACGCGUACGGUGUUUUAAUUUAACAGUCAUUUUUAAAAGGUCGCGGUUUCAGCACAGCAGUUGUUAUAAAUAUCAUUUAUAUAUAUUCUGCACACUUGUACACUGAAAUGAUAGUCUGCCCACCAUUUUGAACUGGUUUGUUACAUUUUGCAUGGUGCAAAUAAAAAAAAAUCAAUAAAUAAAGAUAUUCUGUUGUCUUCA